AUAAAUUCUCUUCAACCAAACACCAGCAAUGACGUCACUACAAUCCUACAAAAAUGGCGGAUUUCCCCCGUCCAGCAAGUUAAUGAACAAGAUGUGGAAUUAUGAAAACUACAAGAAACACAGGAAAAAGUUGCAAAACGUGAAGCCGUAUCUUGAAAUUUCGCCACCAAGAGAGUAUCAACAUCUUCAACUGUCUGUAAAAAAACUACAGAUGCAGCAGGAGAGGCAAGCCACCAUAGAUCGGCAAAAUGAAGUCAUUCUCAACCAACUGAUGAAAAUCAAGCAAUCACCAGCUAGGGUUGAUAACUGGAAUAAGGACUGGCAACCAACCCAUGACAGGUUAAGAAGCUUCAGGGAGCGAAGGCAAAGAAGAAUAAAACUGGAAAAUGAGAAACAACACGAGAGAUUGAAGAAUAUUCAACCAUAUUAUGAUGUAGAAAAAUGGGAAAAGGAUUUUAAAAAGCAUCAGUAUUACUUGACGUUGUUGGAUGGAGGAACAAAAGAAUACGAAGAGAUUGAGGAUGAAGACGAGGAAAGUGAAAGUGACGAAGAGGAAAAGGAAAGACUGCCUCCUGUUGAUAGCCCAGAUGGCGAGAAAGGGGAGAAAACUGUAAAGAAGAAAAAGGAUGAACAAGUAAAACUUCCGCCCAUCCAGAACAAAAAGAAAACCAAAGAUGGCGGCGGCAAAAAGAAAGAGGAUUAUCCAGAACAUGUCGUAAUCAUGGACGCAGAAGACAUCAACAAAGCAAUUGAAGAGAAUGACAAAGAGAAGAUUCUUCAAAUCUUGGGGAGAGUAUCAGAAAAGAAGAAAAUGGAUAAACUAAAACAGAAGUACAAAGAGCUUUACGAUAAGGAUUUAAUGGAGGAAGUCAAACCAAAACUAGACGAGGAGUUACAAGAAACUUUAGACUGUCUUGGUUCGGGUGCGGAUGAGGAUGCUAAAAAACUUUACGAAGCCAUGAAGGGCCUGGGCACCGAUGAGGACAUAUUGAUAGAAAUUUUAUGCACCAGGACAAAUGCGCACUUGAACGAUAUUCGAGCAGCUUACAGCAGAAAAUAUGAACAUUCGUUAGAGGAAGACUUGAAAGGUGACACUAGUGGUGACUUGGAAACUUUACUGGUUGAACUUAGUAAGGGCCAAAGAGAUGAAUCCAAUGAAGUUGACAAGGAAAUGGCAAAGAAGGAUGCAAAGGAAAUUUACGAGGCGGGAACGGCCAGCUGGGGAACGGAUGAAGGGAAGUUUAUUCGCAUUUUCACGCUGAGAAGUCGUCCACAACUUGGUGCAACUUUUCCAGAGUACAAAAAAUUAACAAGUAAAGAUAUCGCAGAGUCAAUUGACAAUGAGAUGGAUGGGGAUCUACAAAAGGCGUUUCUAUCGCUUGUAAAAUGUAUCCGCGAUCCCACCGGAUUUCACUCGGACAAACUUCAUGACGCCUUGCAGGAGGGCGACACCAAAACUGUGGCCAGAAUUCUUCUCGGAAAAAAUAAGGCGCAGUUGGACGAGCUUGCAGUAGCUUAUAAGAAAGCUCACAAAGCUGAACUGGCGGAUGAGAUUGGCAAGAAAUGCAGUGGAGAUUUGAGAACGCUUCUGCUUGGAAAACUAGGAAAAGGCGCAGAGAACAAGAAACAACAGAAGCCGGUGAAACAAGAAAAGCCAAAGAAGGAAGCAGUAAAAGAAAAACCUAAAGCUAAACCCACGGCAGCGCAGGACAAUAAGAAAACUGAUAAAAAUAUGCGCCCUGGAGCAAAACAGGACGCUGUUAAAGACAAACCUAAAGGAGUAGCGAGUCAGAACGACAAGAAAACCGACAAAAAUACAAAGAAAAAUAACGAGGAGAACAAGGAAGCUACUUUGGAAAGGGAUCUGGAUGAGUUAAAGAAAGCUAUUGAUGCUGGUGAUAAAGACAAGGCUGUGGACGUCAUAGCGAAACACAGUGAUGAAAAAUCCAAAUUACAACAACUGAAGGAUAAAUACAAAGAAAAACACGAUCAGGAUUUAUUGGAGGCUGUUAAACCAGUUUUGGAGGAAGAACAGUUACAAGACGCCGCAGAUUCUUUAUUUAUGGAGAGUGAUUCUUACGACGCGAAAAUCAUGUACUAUGCCAUGAAGGGCCUGGGCACUGAUGAAGAUGUGUUAACAGAGAUUCUUUGUUCAAGAAGCAACGCGGAAUUGGCCAAAAUCAAAGAGAAGUACACAGCGUUCUAUGGCAGGUCCUUAGAGAAAGACAUUAAAGGGGACACCAGUGGUAACUUUGAAAAUCUUUUGGUUGAGCUCAGCAAGGGUAAACGAGAUGAAACCAGUAAAAUUGAUAAAAGUUUAGCUCAAAAGGACGCAGAGGCAAUUAUGCAGGCUAGCUUCCUUGGUACGGAUGAGGACAAAUUUGUGCAGGUUUUCACGCAAAGAAGUUUUCCUCACCUCAAAGUAGUGUUCCAGGAAUAUAAAAAGCUAACAAACCAAGAAAUGGAUGAAUGCAUCGAGGAGGAAAUGAGCCAAGACUUGGAGAAAGGAUUCUUAGCCUUAGUUAAAUACACUCGUGAUCCUUCAACGUUUUACGCUAACAAAAUUCAGAAGUCAUUACAAGAGGGUGAAACGGACACGCGAGGUCGAAUUAUUCUCACAAGGACAACGGCUGAACUAGCAGACAUCUUGGGAAGGUACAAAAAGGUUUCUGGAAAUGACCUCACUAAAGACGCUGAAGCGAAGUUCAGUGAAAACAUGAAAAAGCUGAUUCUUCCCAAACUCAAGAAAGCAGGCCAAGAACAGAAAGAAAAGGAAAGAGCUAGCAAUGACUCGAAAAAGAAAAAGCAAACGGCCGCCAACAAACAAGAAGGUGCUGGAGGAAAGAAACCUACUGUCAACAGAAAGCCCUCGCAGCAGAAGAGAACUCAGCAAGAUGACAAACAAGAAUACGCCGACCUACGCGCAGCGAUUGACGCUAACGACAAAAAGAAAAUAAAAGAGAUUGUAUGCAGGAAUCUCAAGGAUAAGGAACAAGCCAAGAAGCUUGUCGAGGACUACAACGCAAGAUAUGGAAAGGAAUUAUUUGAAGCCUUGGAUGAGAAAUUAGGAGAAGACCUUCUGGAAGCUUUAGCCGCCCUGUCCUUAAACAAAGCUCAGCACGAUGCAAGAACUUUGCACUUGGCUAUGAAGGGUUUGUUUACCAAGGAGAUCGUAUUAAUUGAAGUAUUCUCAAUGCGAACAAAUGCGGAAAUCGCCGCAAUAAGACAAGCUUAUAAGAAAAAAUACAGGAAGGAAUUGGAACAAGUUAUUAAGGAUGAAACGAGUGGCGACUUCGAAACUCUUCUCGUUGAACUCAGCAAGGGUCAACGAGACGAAGGCACUGAUGUGAGUGACGACCUUGCACAUAAAGACGCCGAAUCUUUGUUGGAGGCUGGUAUAAAGAAAUGGGGCACAGACGAGGAAACUUUUAUAACAAUAUUUACCACACGUAGCUUUCCGCAGUUGAAGCUAAUGCUUCCAGAAUACAAAAAGUGGGCCAAGUGUGAAAUCGAGGACACCAUUGACUCCGAGAUGUCAGGUGACCUGCGGGAUGGACUGCAAACACUUGUCAAGUGUAUCAGAGACAAGAACCAGUUCCUCGCGGAAAAGCUGCAAGUUGCACUUCAUGGCAAAUCUACAGCAACGGCUGCUCGGAUCGUUUUAGGAGAGGGUGUGAUUGCUGAGGUAGAGAAGUCCUACAACCAAACUUACAAACCGAAACUUGCCGCAGAGAUCGACGCAAAAUGUAGCAAUGAGUUGAAGAAACUUCUCUUACCGAAUUUAAAAGACACAGGGCCUGACAAAGAACCACAGAAGAGUAAUAAGCCAAGCGGCGAGAAAUCCCCAGAGAGCAAGUCUAAUCAUGACAAGAAACCGGAAGUUGAGAACAAGCCGAAAGUAAUAGCAUCGGGUCAGAAUAUGGAACCUUCUGAGAAGCCAAGAGAAAAUGACAAAGGGUCUGGUGAACAGGAACAAGAGAAAAAGAAAGAAAGAUCAAAACUGAACAUUGAGAAGACUGAACACCACGGUACUUUAAAGCCAGCGGAUAAUUUCAACGCAGCAGAAGACGCCGAAACCUUGAAGAAGGCCAUGAAAGGAUUUGGUAGUGACGAGGAUGCCAUCAUGGCGGUUCUUGGAGCGCGCACCAAUCAACAACGACAAGAGAUUGCUGCUAAAUAUCAGCAGGAGUACGACAAGAACCUUGUUGAUGAUUUGAAAUCAGAGCUUGGAGGAAAGUUUGAGGAUGCCAUAGUCGCUUUAAUGUCGCCACCAAAAUUAUUUGACGCUAACUCGCUACAUGACGCCAUGUCGGGUCUGGGAACAGACGAGGCAGUUCUCAUUGAGAUUUUAUGCUCGCGUAGCCCUGAGGAAAUCCAAGAGAUCAAAUCCACUUUUAAAGAAGUUCAUGGAAAGAAACUUGUGGAGGAAAUCAAGAGUGAAACUAGUGGGGAUCUUCAAUCCACUCUAAUAAAAUUAGUGGAGGGAGAACGUAGUACUUCAGAAAAGGUCGAUGAAGAUCUUGCUUAUGAAGAUGCCACAAAACUUUUGGAGGCUGGUGAAGACAAGUGGGGAACAAACGAAUCUGUGUUUGUUAAUAUUCUUACAACAAGAAGUACCACGCAGUUACAAGCAACAUUUGAAGCGUACAAGCAUGUUGCCAAGUGUGAUAUUAUGGAUUCUGUGAACUCUGAGCUCACUGGAGAUUUCCACGAUAGCGUUGAAGCGAUAGUUCGGUGUACUCGAAAUCCUCCACUAUUUUUCGCUGAAACGUUGGAAAAAGCAAUCAGUGGCAUAGGAUCUGACAGCAAAGCAGUCACUCGUGUUGUGGUCUCAAGAUCAGAGGUUGAUCUUGCCGAAAUCAAAACAGAAUAUCAAAAGAAGACAGGAAAGAGUUUAAGGACAGCAGUAGAAAACGAACUAAAAGGAGACCUCGAAAAACUUUUGCUACAGAUUGUCGGAGAUUAGCAUAUCUGCAAAAUGAAUAUAACCAGUGUUUGCUCUUGAGUAACAGUUACAAAUAGUCGUAGAUUUACGCCAUACUGAAUUGAGUUGAGAAACGGGUCUUGGCAAAUUGAACCUCUGCACAUAUUUGAGAAUCUUACAAAAUUAGCGGUUUCGUGCCAAAUAUUAAAAAAACCAAGAUGUGAUGGUUUUUUAUAAAUGACUGAAAAGGGAAAUUAAUCAUUUUUAUCAACAAAUUAGAAAUGAGGUCUCACAACAAACUUUGAGAAAAUGCACAUCAAGUAAAGGAAACGCGAAAUUUAUUUAAUAGUUUUUACCUCACAAUUGAAAGAAUUCUAAUUAUCCACACAUGCACUUUCUAUAUUUAGUAACCCUGAAUUUUUCAAGGAUCUUGUAUUGUUCAUGCACAGACAAAGCUAAAGCUUCGUACACUUCGUAUAAAUCAUCGCUGUCAUUACAAUUGUAACAUGUAGUUGUAGUCUAAAUUCCAUACUUUCAUUAUUUAAAUUUAGCGUCAUAGAACAGGUUAUAUUUUACUUUUCAUUGGAAAGUUUUCGAAAAUAUAUAACGUUAUAU